UGCUGUCGAGUGUAUCGCACGUGGAGUACAUUUAACCAUAAUAAAAAAAAAGUGCAGAAAACAACGCAAUUGCCGAGAAUUAACAGCAAUGGAAGUGCAAAAUAUACAAGUGGAUGCCUUUGUGCCGACAAAGAAAGUGCUGAAACGUAGCGCCAACACAGACACAGCGCAGGAUGUGGAAAUGCUGGUGGACGCUGCCACAGGCAUUGAAGGGGCGCAAAGUUCUGCGGGGAGUGCACGGGGAGCGAAGAGGAUACGCAGUGAGCUGCGCAAGGUGUCGGUGCCGCCACACAGAUACUCCUCGCUCAAGGAGCAAUGGAUGAAGAUCUUCACACCCGUCGUGGAGCAUAUGAAACUGCAGAUACGCUUCAACAUGAAGGCGCGUCAAGUGGAGCUGCGCAUUGGACCCGAGACACCGGAUAUAUCUAAUUUGCAGAAGGGCGCCGAUUUUGUGAAGGCCUUCCUCUGCGGCUUUGAGGUGGACGACGCACUGGCCCUGCUGCGGCUCGAGGAUCUCUUCAUCGAGACGUUCGAAAUAAAGGAUGUGAAGACGCUGCGUGGGGAUCAUCAAUCCCGUGCCAUUGGUCGCCUCGCCGGCAAAGGCGGUCGCACCAAGUUCACCAUCGAGAAUGUAACCAAAACGCGCAUUGUGCUUGCCGACAGCAAGAUCCACAUCCUCGGCAGCUAUCAGAACAUUCAGUUAGCCCGUCGCGCCAUCUGCAACCUCAUCCUCGGAUCGCCACCCAGCAAAGUCUACGGCAACCUUCGUUCCGUUGCGACGCGUCUCUCGGAGCGCAUGUAAUGGCUGUGAUCUGUGAUCUAUCCGGGGGGGCUCUUUACUAUAUAGUCUAAGUUUUUUUUCUGUCUAUGUACUAAAUAUUUUAAUAAAUAAAUGAAUACGAUAUA